GGCAAGAGGGCUUAUAACAGCUAGUUGUUCCUAGUGCAAAGCAUUGACACCAUUGGGACGAAGGAGUGGAUGGGUGCGGUGUCACAGGCUUGCUAGCGAUUCAAUCAAGUCUUGUCGGAGGCCACUCACCAUGCGAUUGCUCAACACGAGAACCGGGAGGUUUCACUGGUUCGAGGAUCCACGCCAUGUCCGCUACGCUAUCUUGUCCCACGUCUGGUCAAAGGAUAAACACAAUCCGGAGAAAACGUAUCAGGAUGUCCUCCGAUUCGAGUCCGAAGUCCCCGAGGGCGAGCCUAUCCUUUCCAAGCUCUCGUCCAAACUCCGACGUUUCUGUGAAGUAUCACAUGAGAACGGCUUUGAGUUUGGCUGGGCCGACUCCUGCUGUAUCGACAAAACCAGCUCUUCCGAGCUCUCCGAAGCCAUCACUUCCAUGUACGACUGGUACCGGUACGCGGCCGUGUGCUACGCGUUCCUCCACGAUGUCCGCAAAGACCCCGAGUUCUGGAGAGGAGAUUUCUGCAAUAGCGAAUGGUUCACACGUGGUUGGACGCUUCAAGAGCUCCUCGCGCCAACCAUUCUCUUGUUCUUCUCUCAAUCUUGGGAUGUUCUCGGCUCAAAGCAGACCCUCGCCAUACUCAUUCAGGAGGUCACGACCAUCGAUCAUGCUGUCCUGACCUUCGAACGGUCUCUGGAGGAGGUCAGCAUAGCUCGCAAGAUGUCUUGGGCAGCGUCGAGGAGGACCAGCCGCGAGGAGGACGAGGCGUAUUCCUUGAUGGGAAUCUUCGGCGUCAGCAUCCCUAUCACAUAUGGGGAAGGUCGCUACGCAUAUGUCCGCCUACAGGAGGAGAUCAUCAGGGUUGUGCCCGACCAGUCAAUCUUCGGAUGGGGACCUCCACCUUCCAUUGAGCUUCCCCCCACCACGAGACAAUACUUGCUAGCGUCAUGCCCGAAAGACUUCGAGGAGUCGUCGGCUCUUAUCCAC